AUGACUGUAAAGCGAGUCGUCGCAAACGACGCUACACAGGAUCAGAACAGCUAUGUUUCUGAUCUUGAGAAAGCGAAGGACUUGUCUUCACCGGAAUUGAUCUUGCAUGCCGCAGUAAAGUUAGCCGGAAAGAAGUGUUCUGGUGGAGAAAGAGAAACUGAACCGAUUAUGUAUGGAAAGACAAAGUCAGUUUGUGGAGAGCUGGAAACAGAUCAAGAGAGUGCCGGAUCGUCGGAGGAGAUGGAGAGUCCGAAGUCGGUGGCGAGGUUUGGGAGGUGGAAUGCGAAGGACAUAAACGUGCAUGUGCAUAGCCAGAUACUGAGGAUCAGAGAGGAGGAUUCGCAUCUAGGAGAGGACGUCGGGGAAUGUCUCGGUGCUAAAGAUAAGCUCGCUGUUCACCACGUGGAGUCUCGUGUGGAUUACAUGCUGUUUUCAAGGCCAAUUUUGCCUGCUUCGCCUCUCGGCGGCAAGACUACAAUCAAGACUACGCACUGAAUCAAUCA